AAAACUCAGAAGUAAUGAAGAGAUUCAUGUGAAGAGGUCAGGAAAGGCAGCAAAAAAAGAAGUGACCAGAAUCUUGAAACGAGAAAUAUGAAACUUUUUAUUUGUCUAUGAAAGACACACUUUGACAAAGUGGACAGAAUGGACACUGAAGGUACUUGGGAGUCAAGCAAUGCAGCGUGCGAGUCCGACCCCUUGUGUGAUCCUGCCGUCCUAGUGUCACCCUCUAAACCUGAACCACAGAUCCGAAACCGUCGCCUCUCCCCCGGCUCUGGCAGCUGCGGUGGGGGAGGAGGGGGCUGUUCCUCUGGGAUGGAUAAACGUCAAGCCUCACCAGGUAGCCUUGAAGGUUCUCUGAAUGGGGUGGGUCACACCCAGACCUUUACGCACAGAGAGCGUCGUGUCCCAAAUAAAUCAAGAAGCUUUCGGCGUGACGGCCCAAGACCAGGGCCACGUUCGGACGAGAGACACUCCAGAAUUGGUCAGAAAGAACGUUGGGUAGACAACAGCCUUUCUUUGCUCAAACCUCCACCUGCUUUCCCAGUGAAGGACAGUCCCGCCAAACUGCAGCCAGCCAUCAGCUAUGCCUCCAAGGUGAAGGCAGGGGGAGGUUCUGUUGGGGCGGCCGAAGAACCCCCUGGUAUCGGGGUUUUGCUGCAGAACCAGUGGGGACUCAGCUUUAUCAGCGAUGGGCCGGAGGCAGAUGUUCCCCAGGAGGAAUCUCCAGAUCUCCACCCACUUGCUGCUGGAGAGGUUACUGUAAAACCAGCCCAUGUCUCUUCAGAGUCUCUGCCUGGUCAGGUCACGAGAGGCUCCGAGAGUUCAGAGGAGCUGCUGCUUAGCUGUCGCCACCUGGAGGAAGCAUUGGAGUAUCACACACAAGAAUGGAAAGCAAUAUUAUGGAGACAAAAACAAGACCCUGCAAAGGUUGUUUGGUACAAGAAUGCCCUGGAGUCACCUGCCUAGCACACACUACCACAUCUCCACAAUCACACACACACACUCGAAACACACCCUGCUCUCAGGUUCUCAUCCCCUCAAUGUUUCUGCUGAGACACUUUAGGACUAGUUCCCCUAUGAAGAUAAUGUCUUGGACUUCUCGGUUGCCUUACAACAGAGUCUGCCUCAGGCGCAGAGUCCCUCUGCAUACCUCUGUCAUUUUAAUGGUGGAGAAUUGUUUCUUUUAAGAAAAAAAAAACUGCAGUUUUACAGUUAAUAAAUCCCUUUUAUUCCUC